UAAAUUGUGCGGCUUUCCGCUCAGAAUUAUCUCCCCUUCGAGAGAGAGAUGGCGGAUAUUUCAAGUUUAGAUCUUUGUCAAGUGAAAGAAGAAUUGAUUCAGGCCAACUGGCAAUGCAACAUUCGCGGUUUAACUCAUGGAGCCACCAGACUUGCCGAAUUAGCUUACUGCUUAAAGACAAGUCAAGAUGCAGGCGGACAUAUUCCAUCUUUUUCCCAACCUUUUGAGAAUUUACAAAAGGAAUACUGUGUUUAUUCAUUAGCCAAGAGUUACUUUGACCUUAAAGAAUAUCUUCGUGCUGUGCAUUUCUUGGAGCAGUCUGAACUUCAGAGCAAUGUAACCUACUUUCUCUACAUGUAUUCUCGAUACCUAGCAGAAGAGAAAAGAAGAUCUUAUAAUAUGACUGAUUCUUUCACAAGUAUGACCUCAGUUAUAAACGAUGAUUUAGCGAGAGUGAAGAUUUUAAAAACAGAAUUAUCAGAAAAGCAUCAAAAGAAAGAACUUGAUGGAUUCUGUUUAUAUUUGUAUGGCGUUGUUCUGAAGAAGUUAGAUUUACUUAAAGAAGCUACCAAUGUUUUAUUGGAAUCUGUCCACAAAGAACCACUCCACUGGGGUGCAUGGCAAGAACUUAACACUUUAAUUCCAGACAAAGAGACUCUUCAAUCAUUGACAUUACCAAACCAUUGGAUAAAACACUUAUUUCUUGCACACAUGUACUCAGAACUACAACACACAGAUGAAGCUCUACAAAUUUACCAGUCUUUCAUUGAUAACGGAUUCGCCGACUGCACUUACAUUCAAGCCCAAAUGGCUAUUGCUCACGACAACAGUCGAAGCUUUGACCAGGCUGUUGAUGUUUUUAUGAAACUGCGAGAAAAAGAUCCCUAUCGUCUAGAAAACAUGGAUAUUUUCUCAAACAUACUUUUUGUUAAAGAGAACCGUGUGGAAUUGGCCUACUUGGCCCAUAGCGUUUGUGAGAUUGAUAAAUAUCGUGUGGAAACUUGUUGUGUUAUUGCCAACUAUUAUUCACUCAGGUCUCAGCAUGAAAAAGCUCUGUUAUAUUUCCAAAGAGCUCUCAAGCUCAAUCCGCACUACCUCUCAGCUUGGACUCUUAUCGGACACGAGUACAUGGAGAUGAAGAACAUUACUGCGGCCAUUGAAGCAUAUCGACAAGCUAUUGAAGUAAACAGUCGAGACUUCAGAGCUUGGUAUGGACUUGGCCAGACCUACGAGAUCAUGAAGAUGCAUUAUUAUAGUCUGUAUUACUAUUGGAAAGCACAACAACUUCGACCUAACGAUUCCCGCAUGUUAGUUGCCCUUGGUGAUGGCUACGAAAAGCUAGAACGCUUACAGGAAGCAAAGAAAUGUUAUUGGAAAGCACACAGCGUCGGUGAUGUGGAAGGAAUUGCUCUGAUGAGACUUGCAAGACUGUAUGAGAGGUUAAACGAGGAACAACAAGCUGCCGCAGCCUACAGUCAGUACAUCAACCAGGUUCACAGACAGAACACAUUGCGCAGGAUUGGGGACCAGAAUAAUUUCUACGCAAGUGAAGAAAUGGCACAAGCUUAUAAAUACCUUGCCAACUUCUACCUCCGACAGAACCGUCUUGAUGAGGCUUACCAUGCUGCACAGCAAUGUACAUCAUACAAUGAAACGAAAGAGGAAGGCAAAGCGUUGCUGCGACAGAUUGCUCAUCUCCGUGUUGGUGAUGGAGCAACACAGAUGGAGGAGAGCACAGAUUCCAUCACCAAUGAAUUACCUGAAACAACUGUUGAACAUUCUCCUUUAAUGCAAAUAAUCAGUGGACGACAUAGCUUUACACCUCCUUAAACCUCAUCUAAUUAAAACUAAUUAAAACAA